AUGCCUGCUGGAGGAAUUUUGAGACAAGCACUUAGAUUAUCAGCAACAUCGGCAGUUCGAGGAAUUUUAUCAAGUGUUUUAAGCAACAAUGAAUCUAUAUUUGGAUCAGAAAUUAAUUCUACAAAAUAUGAAGCAAUUAGAAAAUUUAUUAAAAAUAAGUCAACAAAUGUGGAAUUUAAAGAUCAGUUGCUACAAACAAUGGAUUUGCAACGUUUAAAGAAUUUGAUUUACAGAGAUAUGGAAGAAGUAGAACAAGCACAAUUUUUGGCUCUUUCUGUUGUUUAUUUUUUGUCUGUUUUGUUGGCUGCUUAUUGUGGAGAUAUUCUUGAACCUUGUAAUGAUAAAUUACAAAAAUCAAUAGAACCUGUAAUUUCUUUAUUGCGAGAAAUUUUGUGUGAUUUUCGUUCAUUUCUUCAAAAAACUUUGUUGGGAACACAUGGACAAGAAAUUAUGAAUGAUAAAGUUAUGCACACACUUAAAAAUGUCAGUGUAAUUGAGAUUUUGUGUUCACAAGAAUGGCAAACUUCGCUCCAAAAGCAUUUUGAAUUGGAGUUUAUGGAGCUGGUUAAUGAAGGUUUUAUUUUGAGUGUUCCAAAUAAAAUACUUGGACAGUUUAAAAUGUCUUCUCUUCCACCUGAAAUACAAUUUGAUGUUUUAAAAUGUCUUGAUUUCGAGCAAUUAUUCUUUCUCUACCAAAACAAUUUUUACUUUUACAAUUUAAUUAAUUUAUACGAGGGAGUAUUGGCAAGAAAGAAAUUUUGUAGUUUCAGUCUGACAGGAGCAAUAUUUUCAAGCCAUCAUAUUCUUAAAAGUAAUGAAGUACCAUCUUUUAUUUUGAAUGAUCAACUUAAAGAGAAGUGGCAAACAGCGUUGGAGGAAUCUAUUACUUUAUUUUUACAACCAGAUACUACUGAUCCUUUACAACCAGCUAGGCCUUUUUUUUCACUAUUUUCACAUGGUCCGAGGCGUGUUAAGAACGUUUUUGUUGAAUUGCGUUUAAAAGAUUUCUUUAUUCUAAAAUUGCCAAACUAUCCCAAAACUAUUGAAGAAUUGAUUAUUAUUCGUUCAUGGUUAGAACAGCUUUUUGAUUGUGGUUUUGGAAAUGCGGUGUUUGGAGAUAUUAUAUUUAAUCCACAAAUGAUUGAUUUACUAUUUGACAACGACAAAAUUAAAAAAUUUAAUGUUCAUAGCCUCACUUUACAUACUCAAAAUAUUACUGACAAUAUUUUGGAUUUUGCUUUAAAUCGUUUUGCAAUUUAUUUGUCUUUCAACAUCAAUUUCGCUUCUGGAAAUACUGAUAUUUUAUUCAAUAUUAUAAAUGAAGGCAAAAAAGUCCCUCAUGUUAUUUUCACUAAUUGCCAGUCCUCAGAGUUUUAUAAUCGUGUUAUUAAAGUAAGUAAUAAUGUUUAA